AUGUCUGUCGAGGAAAGAAAAUCGGCCGCGAGCGAUCAUGAGGAAGCAGCAGACUUGCCCAGGGUCGCAACAAUCGACGUCGACAACUACCAUGGCAUCAAGGCCAAAACAUUGUUGGUUUACUUGUCAGUCAACCUCAUCGCUGCCGCACAAAUCUUGAACCUAGUUGGUGCAGCUGCUUAUGCUAGAGAUCUUGCUGCAGACUUAGGAGGUGCAACAGAGACGGUCUGGCUCUCACAAUCUAUCGCAAUUCUUACGUGCGUCCUUGGACCUCCCAUGUCUCAGGCAGCAGACUACUGGGGCCGAAAAUGGCUCAUUGUGGUACCGACACUCGUCGGCUUUGCUGGUAGCAUGAUUGUGGCACGAGCAAGGUCCAUGGGUAUGGCAAUUGCUGGUGAAGUAAUUUGUGGUGUCGCUUAUGGCUCCCAACCACUGCUGUACGCCGUAGCUUCCGAGAUCCUCCCCCGAAGAUUUAGACCUGCGGCACAAGCGGGUAUCAACCUCUUCAUCAGUCUUGCCGGUGUAUUCUCAAUUCUGGUAGGAUCUGUUUUGGUACAGAGGUCUGUCCAAGGCUACCGGACAUUUUGGUACAUCACUGCGGGAGCCUUGGGAGUAUCGGGUAUUUUGUGCCUGUUCUUCUACAAUCCACCACCCCGCCCAUUGCAAAAAACCUUGACAACGACACAAAAAUUAAGAAAGCUUGAUUGGAUCGGCAUCCUUUUGCUUGCCAGUGGAAUCGUGCUGUUUAGUAUGGCCUUGUCAUGGUCCCAGAACCCAUACGGAUGGACCGAUGCUCAUAUAAUCGCCCCAUUCUCGAUCGGAGUCCUCCUUCUCGUCGGACUUGGAGUACACCAAGGAUUUAUUAAGAAGGACGGAAUGAUUCACCAUGAUUUAUUUCAGAAAGAUCGAAACUUUGCAAUCUCAUUGAUAUGCAUUUUUGUUGAAGGGAUGGUAUUCUUCGCCACUAACAACUUUUUGCCUUUUGAAGUUUCUGUGCUGUAUGAAACAGAUGCGGUGCGGAUAGGACUUCACUUCGCGGUGGCAUUUUUUACUGUCAUCGUUUGCUCCUUCGGUCUGACGGCAUUUUUCCUAUUCACCAAGGAACUGCGAGCCCCAUUGGUAGCCUCCUUCGUUUCAUUUACAAUCUUUAAUGGUGUGUAUAAAUAUCUUGGAACGCUUCCCUCUGGUGCACUAGAGCUAAAUCGGGAACCAGCUUUGAUGGCCACAGCAACACUAUCAAGUUCAACGGCAGUUUGGGCCUACCCUAUCUUUGUUGGAUUUGGGCUCGGUGUCUGCCUUACCUGUCUCGUCGCCGCCGCACAGCUUAGCGCACCUCCAGCAUUAAUUGCAAUUUCAAGCGGCCUUAUGAUUUCGAUGCGUUCACUGGGUGGCUCUGUGUCACUUGCAAUCUAUAACGCUAUAUUCAAUGCCCAGAUAGAAAAAAAUCUAGGACCUAGCAUUGCUAGCAGUGUCUUACCUUUGGGACUAUCCACUCAAGUUCUCCCCGAUUUCAUUGGCGCUCUGGUCAGUGGUGAUCGCAGCGCUCUGCUGUCGCUUCCAAACGUCACCCCUGAGAUCAUUGAAGCCGGUAUUCUUGGUUUGAAGGAGGCAUAUCUGUCCUCUUUUCGAUACGUAUGGGUAUGCGCAGCAGUCUUCUCUUUCGUUGGUGCAGUUGGUAAAGUUACCAGACAAUUCUUUCCUGUCAACAAAUGUUCUGACUUUGCUUCAGCUACGUGCUUCACCAUCAACCCCGCGAAAGACCUCACCAUGCAUGUGGAUGCUCCACUCGAUGAUGAGUCGUGA